AUGUCAGACACACUCUUCUGGCAAAGAUGUGUCGGCUCAACAACGACAACGACGACAACGACAACGACAACGACGACAACGACAACGACAACGACAACGACAACGACAACGACAACGGCAACGACAACGACAACGGCAACGACAACGACGACGACAACGACGACAACGGCAACGACGACAACGACGACAACGGCAAUGACGACAACGGCAAUGACGACAACGGCAACGACGACAACGGCAACGACGACAACGACAACGACAAACGGCAACGACGACAACGGCAACGACGACAACGGCAACGAAAUGCUAGACAACGACAACGAUAACGAAAACGACAACGAAAUGCUAGACAACGACACGCUGACAACGAUGCAGCUU